UUGGAUGAAGCGUUUUUCUCACUCCAGCAGGACUGAUGUUACACCCAAAAAGCACAGGAAACCCAAGUGCAUGUGCUACUUCUUGUCAAGAACAAUAGUCGGGGAGACUUCUGCGAUAAUGCUGCAACCGCUCCAUACUAAAGUCUAGGUCUGCUAGAUCUGAGAAGAUUUCCUUUGACAGAAACGCACAAGCUGGCGGCCAUGAUUUUCCCAGAAGAGGAUCUAACGUGUCCGGUGUGCUGCGACAUCUUCAAGGACCCUGUUCUGCUGCCAUGCAGCCACAGCUUCUGCAGGAACUGUCUGAAGCGCUGCCGGGACUCGAAGUUCCAAGGGUGUCCAGUUUGCAGGAGAAGAGGCCCCAAGGCCAACCCUCCAUCCAAUCUGGCACUGAGAAAUGUCUGCGAGGCUCUCCAGCAGGUCAAGAGACAGAACUCGGAGCAGGGCGACAACAAGAUGAACUGUGAUCUGCAUGGAGAGAAGCUCAAACUCUUCUGUCUGGUUGACAAACAGCCUAUCUGUGUGGUGUGUCAGUCCUCUAAGCAGCAUAAGAACCACAACUGUUUGCCCACUGAAGAAGCACUAGUGGACUGCAAGGAUGAACUCUUUUCUUCUCUUGAAAACUUGGAGGAAAAACUGAAAACUCUCAGUCACGUUCACAGAAGCUCCACUGAAACGCUGAAGUACAUUAAGAGUCAGACUCUUGAAACCCAAAAAGAAAUCAAGCGUCAGUUUGAGGAUCUGCAUCAAGUUCUCCGUCAAGAAGAGUCCUCCAGGUUAGAGGCGGUGAAGCUGGAGGAAGAGGAGAAGAUGGCAGUGGUGACAGAAAAGAUGGACGAACUGUCGGCAGAGAUGCUCUCCAUCACCGAGAACAUCUCUUUUAUUCAGGAACAGAUCUCACAAGAUGGCAUCAUUUUGUUGAAGAAUUUCGCAGCCACUCAGGACAGAAGUAAAGACAUUUACUUGGAUUCACACAACAUGGCUGGAUUACUGAUUGAUGUGGCCAAACAUCUGUCCAACCUCAAAUACAGAGUCUGGGAGAAAAUAGAUGUGGACUACACUCCUGUGGUGUUAGACCCGAACACAGCCCACCCGUGCCUCAGGAUAUCUGGGGACCUCACAUCCCUCAGUUACUCAAAGGAGCCCAGCCGUUGCCCUGACAACCCAGAGCGCUUCCACAUGAGCGCUGAAGUGGUAGGCAUGACCGCGCUGGGCUCAGGAAGCCACCACUGGGUGGUGGAAACAGGAAGCAAUCCCGACUGGUUCCUGGGUGUGGCUGCCAUGUCUGUGCAGAGAGACGCGGAGGUGUCCGCUCGGCCCGAAAACGGCCUCUGGACUUUGUGUUUCCGGGAUGGAGAGGUCAGGGCGAUGACCUCCCCGCCCACUUCACUGACACUUUCAAAAAUACCGACGCAAGUGAAAGUGCAGCUGGACUAUAACAAGGGGAAGUUGAGCUUUUUUGACUCAGUGGACGACACGCUCAUUUAUGACUUUACAGAGACUUUCACGGAGCCGUUGUUUCCAUAUUUUUAUACACAAAGUUGUCAUCCAAUAAGAAUCAUGCCAGAGAAACUGCUGAUGACAGCGUUAAGACAAUAACUAAAGAUGAGAAGAAAAUUAGAGUAGAAAUGUGUCAGAUUAUUAAAAAAAAAGAUUUAUUUAGGAACAAAGCACAAUAAAACAGAAGGAAAAAAUAUAUAAACAUGAGGAAACAACAAUUUCUAAAACUAUGAAAAAUGGUUUGUAAAAUGUCUUUGUGCAUCAUGAAAUUUCCUUUAGGUUUUAGUCAAAUGUUUGAAUAGAUCUAGUCAUUUUUAUGUUUUUGUGUCAUAAAUAUUGAGAUCAGGGGUCUGCAACCUGAAAAUCCAGAACCACAUGUGACUCCUUUAUCCCUCCGUUAAGGCUCUUCAAGAAAAAUGCAAAAUAUUUGAAUAAAUAAUUGUUUUUGUGGGUUUGGGGGAUUUGCUUUAGCUGAACAAAUUUCGUAAUUUAUGUUUAGAAUUUUAGCACAUCAGAUAACUGAGCAAAAAUGAUGAUAAACGAUUUAAUCUGCUGUUAAAGUGGUUUAUUUACAGAAUCGUUUGAAACCAUAUAUUUUAAUCUUCUGCUGCUCAAAAUGAUCUAGUUGCUGUUAAGAGGUAGAGUUCUUAAAGUAAGUAAAUGCAUUCAUGCUUAAAUAAAAACUGAUUCUUCAACAAUGCUGUCAUGUCUAGAUUAAAUAAAGGAGAACAAAAUGAAUGCUCACUAAAGUCAUAAGGAUAGAAAAUUCUACGUUUGACAUUUUGAUUUCAAGUAAAUCUAAUAUAUGCAUUUUAUUUUGAAAGGAACUUUUUUGUGCUGCUUUUGUAAGCUACUUUUGUCACAUAUAGAACAGUACAGCAAUGCUGUAAGUCAGAAAACGUUUAAAACCAAGUAGUGAAUUAAUUGACACCAAAGGUAAAUAAAAUGUAUUUUUCAUUGAGAUUUAGUGGCUUUUGUUGGGUUUUGGUGAAGAACAAACUUAAUCAAAUAGCUCUCUUUUAAUAUUAAAUGUUGCAGAGACUCGAUUUAGAUAAUUUGACUUGCAAAUGAUUGUAAUUUGUAUUAUUUUAUGUUUCAUUUAUAUUUUUGGGUACCAUGUUUACAUUUCUUUUGUUUUUCUG